GCCGGAAGCGGGGCCCAGACAGGCGGAGGUGCGGUGCGGCCUAGCGAAGUACGGGCCCGAGCACGAGCACGAGCACGGGCACGGGCACGGGAACAGGGGUGGCCGGGGCGCAGAUGCCUGUGACCGUGGGCCCGUAUGGGCAGUCGCAGCCCAGCUGCUUUGACAGAAUAAAGAUGGGUUUCAUGAUGGGCUUUGCAGUGGGCAUGGCUGCAGGAGCGCUGUUCGGAACAUUUUCCUGCCUCAGGAUUGGCAUGAGAGGACGAGAGCUGAUGGGUGGAGUUGGCAAAACGAUGAUGCAAAGCGGUGGGACGUUUGGGACAUUCAUGGCCAUUGGUAUGGGAAUACGCUGCUAAUCUGGAGUUUGGGAUUUGUCCCAGAGUGCCCCCACCCAGCCAUUCCGCCACUGUACAAUAAUAAAAUCUUUAGAUACCUGGAA